AAAUCGAGCUUCCACACCAAAUGAAAAUAAUAAACCAGUAGUACAAAAGACUUCCACUACAACAACGAAUACACAUACAAUAUCAAAGUAAGUCGAGCGAUAGAUUUCAACCAUUUCUUUUGUCUUUAAAACCUAUAUGCUAAUUCAUUUUUUUUCCAUAUUUUCUAUUCUGUUUUUCUAUAAUCUCAUUCUUACUAAUCUUAUUAUAUUUUAAAUUAAGGAAUGAUCUUCCAUUGACAUCGACGGACAUAAAUGCUAGAAAAAAUCAGUCUUCACCUCCAUCGCAAUCACAAUCAGCAAUGAUAGAUUCCACAUCAGAUCGUCUACUUAAAGAAUAUCAAAAGAAUCGUGCAGAAGUAGUCAAACAAUUUGAAGAACAAGAGAAUCGACGAAAUGAACUUCAGAAACAACUUUCUUCACCGACAGAAGUAAAAACUCGUCCAUUAAAUGACGUAACAAAAUUCGAUUCACUUGAAGAUAUUGCUCGUUCCCCCGCAUUUUUACCAUUAGUUUCCCUUGAAGAUGUACAAGCAAUUCGUGCUGUUGAUGUACAUCCAAGUGGAAAGUACUUUGCUGUUGGUUCGAACUCAAAAAUGUUACGUGUGUGUGCGUAUCCAGACAUAAAAAAUAUUACAACGGAUUCUAUACCAAAACCAGCCAAAGUUCUUUAUAAAAAAGCUAAACAUCAUCUUGGUUCGAUCUAUUGUACGGCAUGGAGUUCGGAUGGUCGAAUUAUUGCAACUGGUUCAAACGACAAAUUAAUUAAACUUGUACGAUUAGAUAUGGAUAGACCGGACGAUAACACAAAUAACCCUGAAGUUGAAUUAUCGUACCAUAAUGGUACUGUAAGAGAUAUUGUAUUUAUGCAUGGUGGUUUACGCGACAAUUCGAUAUUGUUGAGUGGUGGUGCUGGCGACUGUAAAGUCUAUGUCACUGACGUUUUGAAACAAACACCGAUUAAAAGUUAUGCUGGACAUCAAGGUCAUAUUUAUUCAUUAUUUGCAUGGGAUGCGUGUAGUUUUGUUUCUGGAAGUCAAGAUGGAACAUCGAGAAUAUGGGAUAUUCGUCAAAAUGAAUGUGUAAAUGUCAUUGUACCACGAGCAAACAGCAGUAGGAAUAUUUCUCAAUUUCUCAAUCUAGAUAAUAUUAUUUUCCUUUUUACACAUAUUGUAGAUAGUCCAGUGGCAGGUGUUGCUGUCGAUAACUCGGGACAAUUAUUGGCUGCUGCCUACGAAGAUGCAACAUGUUUAUUGUAUGAUUUAAGAGGAAAGAGGAUUGUACAAAGUUAUCACCCACACGCCAGUGAAAUUCGAAGUGUUCGAUUUUCUGUUCAUUCAUAUUAUCUACUAACAGCUUCUUAUGACAAAAAAGUUGUAAUGACAAAUCUGAGUGGUAAGAAAUUGUAA